AUGGGUGGUAGUGCGAUAUUAUCUGUGGCGGGCGCGGCGCCAUCUGUCGGGCAGAUGCCGCUGACGUCACGCGAAGCCCCGCAGGCCACCGGAGCCGGCACGCGCCACAUCUCCCUCCGACAGCUGAUCCAUCCUGAUUUUGUUCUUGAAGUUGCUGCAGAAGCUGACGACACGUUAGGCUCAGUUUGUGGUGACCCUACUUGUGCCAGCAGUCGCGGGUUCGAGUCCCGCUGCGGGCAUUCAUUUGUG